AUGAAUUUCUUCCCACCACCACCAACCGUCGAGGCGGAAGUCUACGUGCGUGUUCCCGAGGAGGUACGAUGUACUGGCAAGCAAUCAGAAUGGGGCGACGAACUUGCUGGAUUCAAAGGCAUCUUUCUUGAAGGCCCCGUGGUCGACAAGGCUGGCAAUCUCUACUGCGUCGACAUUCCAUAUGGAAGGAUUCUCCGAGUCGAUCCUGACAAGAAUGUCACGGUUGUCGCCACAUACGACGGAGAACCGAAUGGCUUGGCUGUCACCCCCGAAGGCGAUAUCAUCAUCGCGGACUACAAACAAGGAAUCAUACUACUCGACCCGUCAACCGGCAACACACAGCCCAAGAUCACUCGUCGCCACCUCGAAAGAUUUAAGGGUCCGAAUGAUUUGAUCGUGGAUUCGAAAGGGGACAUCUACUUCACGGAUCAAGGUCAGACCGGCAUGACAGAUCCGACUGGCAAGGUGUACCGUCUAUCGACAUCAGGCAAGCUAGAUUGCUUAAUCGAGAAUGGACCUUCACCGAAUGGCCUCGUCCUCUCCAAAGACGAGAAGUUCCUCUACGUCGCUAUGACUCGAGCCUGUCAAGUCUGGCGAUGCCCCCUAUACGCAGAUGGCACAACGACAAAAGUCUGCUGCUUCUUCCAAUCGUUCGGCAACGUUGGUCCGGAUGGAUUGGCAUUGGACGAGGAAGGGAACUUGCUCAUCUGUCAGCCUAGCCUCGGUUGUAUCUUUGUGGUGGACUCGAAAGGCAUUCCCAAGACAAGGAUUGUUUCUGGGUCGCAGGGUAUCAAUUUGACGAAUUGUUGCUUUGGAGGGCCUGAAGGCAGGACUUUGUAUAUUACUGAUAGUGUGGAGGGGAAUAUUCAGAAGUUCGAGUGGCACUGUAGGGGAGCUACACCGGUGCCGUUCGUUAAAGGGGCGGCGUAG